GAGUAUUUUCUCAUGUAAUGUUUCAUUGUAGAGAGGAGGUUGUGUUAGGUAGACAGGCACACAUUCACUAAGAUUAUGGCCUCAUCCAGCCACUCGUUACCCAGUGGUGGUAAUGUCUUCACCACCAUACCGGACAUCUUCUUCAUUCCUGAGUUUGUGUUUGGGGGUCUUGUGUGGACCCUGUUGGCCUCCACUACAAUUAUGGUCAACCCUACAGGCUAUGUGAUGUUCGUGUCUCUCUUCUGCUUCGUCAUGACCACAAUCUGGAUGCUUAUCUUCGUCUGUGGGUGCAACCAGCGCAGCAACUGGCCAACUCUGGAUGUAGCGUACCAUUUCCUGGCGUCCCUCCUCUACCUCAGCUCCUCAGUAGUCCUGGCUUAUUUCAUCCUCGUGCUGCAAACAGCCAUAAGUGGCACCGAGAUUUCCAAGUUAUUAAUUGCUGCUGUGGUGAUGUCUUAUCUGGCAACUCUAUGCUACUUCCUCCAUGCCAUCUUCUCUGCCAUCAGAUGGAAGUCUUGCUGAAGACCAGCAGCAUCCACAAAACAGUCUGUGACUCAUCUGCUAUCUGACUACACAGAUCUCAGAUCAGAUACGAGACACAUUUACCUGAGACAUUUACACUGUGCCAAGCCAAUGAAAACAGACCUGAGAGACCACCCUACUCUUUUGUUAAAUUAUAUGAAUUACCACCAACUCCUUUUAUUUUACAAUUUCAAUCAAAUCUUUCAGUAUGACUGACAUGUAUAAAGUUUCAAAAACAAAUUGUAUGCUUUUAGAUUGUAAUCUAUUGUACAUUUGAAUUUUAUUUCAGACACAAGCUCAUUUGAAUGUUGGCAUAUACUAACAUGUGACUGGAAAUAAAAAUAUUUAUACAAUCCCA